GAAACGACAAGAAGAAACUCCGCCGGCGGGCGAGUAACCUGGUCUGAUACUGUGUGAGCGUCUAUUUGCAAACGUGUCCGCCCACGUGCGAUGUCCAGCAGGCGCCCGUCCCAGUUUGAAACCGGGGCAGCUGUAGUUCUCAUGGUGAACGGCAUGACGGGGAGUGUCCGGCAGACCACCAUGAACGACCUGCGGCUGGACUACGGGCUGCGCGUGCUGGAGCCGGCCGCCGGGCAGCCAGACAGCGGGCAGGGGUCCGACACAAGCCCGCCCAGCCCCAGACUGCCGCCCGGCCACACCCAUGGCGACCACGACAUCGACGAGGCGAUUUCUCCGCUACAGCUCUCACAAGAGGACAGUCUGUCUGUGGACGUGCUGUCGGUGCCGCAGACACCGUGGCCGGAGAAGGACCCGGCGCCGGGGCCUCACGUCCGGAGUAACUGGAGACCCGGGGCGUGGACCUGGGUAGGGUACGGGGCGGAUCCAAAGUCUGAACCGCUGGCAAUGCGGGGAGCGAAUCCGCAGCUUCAAGCUCAGCCACUGGUAGUAGCAGCGGACCUGCAGCCUCAAGAACAGGCAGGUCCUCAAUCGACAAGACUGCAGCGGAGCCCUGGGCUGAGACCUGCCGACAUGCUGGCACCCACUCACGGAUCUCCAAUAUACCGCACGUUACUGUACGAAGGGACAUAUGUGACGGGAGUCAGCGAGACAAGACUCUCCGUCAACGUGUCGGCUCUCUACGCCGGCCCGGUGUCUCCUACCUACACCGUCACAUUACGGUGGGACGGGGGAAGCCUAGCGGAAAGGCUCUACAAGGUCUCGCCUGCCCAGCUGGGGUCCAGCCUGGUGGAGUACGAGGCUGUCGGGCUGGAGCCUGGCCGGCCGUACCGGGGAGAGAUCUGGGCAGUCCGCGCUGACGGAGAAGAACGACUGGCUUAUCUGUUUAUGGCAAAAACCUCCAGCCGAUGA